UCACGGCCUGCUCCACAUCACUCGCGGGAUCUCCACUCCAUGAUUGUGGCUGCUUUUCAGUGCCUGUGCGUCUGGCUUACUGAGCACCCUGACAUGUUAAAUGAAAAGGAUUGUCUGAAAGAAGUUCUGGAAAUUGUUGAGCUGGGAAUAUCUGGAAGCAAGUCCAGAAAUCCAGAGCAGCAAGAAGUGCGAUACAAAGGCGACAAGGAACACAAUCCAGCCUCUAUGAGAGUGAAGGAUGCUGCAGAAGCCACCUUAACAUGUAUUAUGCAGCUACUUGGUGCAUUCCCACCUCCAAGUGGCCCGGCAUCUCCCUGCAGUCUGGUUAAUGAGAUGACACUGAUCACCUACUCCCGACUUCCCACUGUCAGCAAGUACAGUUUCCGCUACUUUGUGCUGGAUAACAGUGUCAUUCUGGCUAUGUUGGAGCAGCCACUGGGGAACGAGCAGAGUAAUCCAAGUCCAUCCAUCACUGUAUUAAUCCGAGGCAUGUCUGGCCGCCAUGCCUGGUCUAUGCAACUCUGCCACCUUCCGCGAGCAGCAAGAGCCAACCAGCGAAUGUUCAUUCCUGAAGCAAGACCAGAGCCUAAAAUCGACGAGGGGAUAAAGUACAAUGUAAAGCAUCGACCAUUUCCUGAAGAAGUGGAUAAAAUUCCCUUUGUUAAGGCUGAUCUCAGCAUUCCGGACCUGCAUGAAAUUGUUACAGAGGAGUUGGAGCUUAGGCAUGAAAAGUUGAAGAUUGGAAUGACCAAACAGAUAACGUAUGAGACUGCGCUGGACCAUAAGAAAGAGGAAGAGUUUAAGAAGAAGAGCUAUCCUGACCCAGUAACAGAAUGCAAGCCUCCCCCUCCAGCACAGGAGUUCCAGACUGCCCGGCUGCUCUUAUCACACUUUGGCUUUCUGUCACUUGAAGCACUAAAAGAACCUGUAAACAGUCGUCUACCUCCUCACCUUAUUGCUCUUGACUCGCACAUGCCUGGCUUCUUUGAUGAUAUUGGAUACUUGGAUUUGCUUCCAUGUCGUCCCUUUGAUACAGUUUUUAUUUUCUACAUGAAAGCCGGCCAGAAAACAAGCCAAGAGAUCUUGAAGAAUGUUGAGUCAUCUAGUAGUGUGCAGCCUCACUUUCUGGAGUUCCUGCUGUCUCUUGGCUGGCCAGUGGAUGUAGGGAAGCACCCAGGGUGGACGGGCCAUGUGUCUACAAGCUGGUCAAUUAACUGCAUCAGUGAGAAUGACCAACAAGAUCAAGAUGAGACCACUAGUGCAGAAGACUCGGGUGGAAGCAUAUUUAACGGACAGAAGAAAGUCCUGUAUUACGCAGAUGCCCUUACAGAGAUUGCUUUUGUGGUACCAUCAGCGACUGAGGCUCUCAUGGAGUCCUCAGAAAGUAAUGCAUCCGAACAGGAAGCAGAUUCCAAUAUGGACCUGCUACAUGGAAUAUUGAAGCAGCCUUUGACUUUGGAACUUUUCCCAAAUCACACGGAAAACUUAAACUCCACUCAAAGGCUUAGUCCAACAUCACGUGCUAAGAAGCUUCCACAUGGAAGAACUGUCCCACCACUGGGACCAGAGACUAAAGUGGCUGUCGUGUGGCUGGAGCAGUAUGAUGAUUUGGAGAACUUUCCAUUGGCAGACCUGGCAGCAGAGACCAGCACCGGUAUUGAGACCACUACCAACAGCAGUACUUCUAUCAGCAGCAACCGCAUGCCUGAGAAGGAGGUACCUGUAAUAUUCAUCCACCCUCUAUACACUGGCUUGUUCCGGGUAAAAGUCCACGGGGCUUCUGGGAAAUUCAACAUGGUCAUCCCAUUGGUGGAUGGAAUGGUGGUCAGCAGGAGAGCACUUGGCUUUUUAGUGAGGCAAACAGUCAUCAACAUCUGUAGAAGAAAGCGGCUGGAAAGCGACUCCUACAACACGCCACACGUGCGCCGGAAGCAGAAGAUCACCGACAUCGUAAACAAAUAUAGGAACAGGCAGCUGGAGCCUGAGUUCUACACCUCCCUCUUCCAGGAUGUGGGUCUGAAGAGUUGCACUCCUUAA